UUAAUAAUAAAGUCGGCGAAGAUUCACGGGAAACUUCCCGGAUGUUGCUAUUCCAGGAAGUGAGUCCUAUGACAACAAUCCUGUGACAGCGUCGUGUUUGAAUCGAGAAACAAAUUGUCCUGAAAACCGCGCAACAUGGAUUGAUCGUGUGAUCACAAGAAGAGCAUGGAGAAUGAUGAAUUUCCGCCAGCGGAUGGGGUGGAUAGGUGUCGGACUGUACUUGUUGGCUAGUGUCGCUGCCGUGUAUUAUAUAUUUGAGAUCAGCCAAACAUACAACCUACUUGCACUGGCACAAGAACAAAAGGUGGCUGGGGCACAGACAAAAAGGUCAGGAGAUGCUUCUUCCUCUUCCCCAUCUUCAACCUCAUGGAUCGUGACUCUGAAAACGAGACUUCUCCUCCUGCCCUUCUGGGUGUGGGCCACCAUUUUCCUCAUUCCCUACCUCCAGGUGUUCCUCUUUCUUUACUCCUGCACAAGGACGGACCCCAAGACUGUAGGAUACUGUAUUCUACCCAUCUGCCUUGCUGUUCUCUGCAACCGUCAGCAAACCUUCGCCAAGGCCUCCAAUCAGAUCAGCAGACUGCAGCUGAUUGACACUUGAAGUGAGUGUUAAAGAUGAGGAGGAGGUGCCAUACAGUUUGGUGUCUUAGGGGUUGGGCAAUACAAAAGUGCAUUCAUAAAUGAGAAUCUUAUUUUUUUUAAAGACUUGUUUUUUUUUUUGGUGUAGGAAUUAAAAGGGGAAUGUGAUUAGGAUUAAGGUCUUUGUAAUGUGUUUUUUUUCUCUUUGUCAACUAAUUGUUUGAGUUACUUACAGUUCCACACCAGUUUUUAUUGUGUAUUUUUAGCAAAAAAAAAAAAAACUGGACUAUAGGUGAUGUUUCGUACUCUUUCAAGCUGAAUAGCAAAAUUUGUCCACAUUUUAAUUGAAGUAGAUUUAUAACGGGAUCCAGAAAUAUUUUCCAUGUUGGCUCAGCCUUAUGGUACUUUUUUUCUUUUUUAGAAGCUUUGUCUUGAUUUCACUGAAAAAAACUUUUAUAAUUGAAAUAAAAAUUUAUUAAUAAAAUCUAAGUUGCCUAAAUUGAGUCAUUUAAGCCAUUGUCUAAAGAUGUGGAGGAUUUAUAGUGUCACUUUAAUGCUCCAUGAAUUUGUUUUCAACUCCAGCGGACAUUUUAUUAGUGGAAAAUAAGAAAACCGUGGACAGUGGUGCCACAUAUG